AUGGAGCAACAGUCCACUCUCCCGAUUCACUCCAAGGGCGACGGAGACCAGCCAAAUAAAACUCCCGGCUCCCAACCCUCCGCCGGAGAAGCCGUCCCUCCUAGCAAGAGCGCCCUCAAGAAAGCCGCCAAAGAGAAGGAAAAGGCAGAGAAGGCUGCAAAACGCGCCGCGCAGGAAAAAGCAGCCGUGCAAGUCACCCAGGCGGCAGAUUUCUCGAAGCACCUUUACGGACCGAUCCCAGACGAUGCAGAUGUCGUCCAGAUUACGAACAUCGCCGACCUGUCUGAAGAACUCUUCGAGAAAGAAGUCACAGUCGUUGCGCGUGCCGACAAUGCCCGUGUGCAGAGCGCGAAGCUGGCCUUCCUGAUGUUGCGACAGCAGGGGAAAAAGGUACAGGCUGUGGUGAGCGCGAGUGAGGAAAUCUCGAGACCGAUGGUGAAAUGGAUUGGAGGAACAAAUGUGAAUUCGAUCGUCCAGGUCACUGGCAUCGUGAAAAAGGCGGAAAUACCAGUGACGUCGGCGACACUGACUCAUUUGGAACUGCAUAUUCGCAAAGUAUAUAUGAUUUCCCAGGCGUCUCACAUGCUUCCAAUGCAGGUCAAGGACGCAGAACGUCCUCCGCCUGAAUCCGCCACGGAUGAGGUUGAUUCGGAAGGAGUUCCAUGCGUUACGCUGAAGACCCGCCUGGACAAUCGUAUUCUCGACCUUCAGACCGAGACCAGCCAGGCCAUUACAUGGAUUUCUAGCGGCGUCGCUCAACUGUUUACGGAAUACAUGCUUAAGAGCGGAUCACGAUGGAUCUCGACGCCGAAACUCACUGCGAAUGCAUCUGAGGGCGGCGCUGGAGUCUUCGAAGUGACGUAUUUCAAGAGGAAAGCUUAUUUGGCGCAAAGUCCCCAGCUGUAUAAGCAAAUGUGUAUUGCGGGAGAUAUGGGAAGCGUUUUUGAGUUUAUUGGUCUUGAUUUCGAGAAAACAUUCCAAAGCCAUUACCACGAAGUCUUGAGUUUUGCAGAGGACCUCCUGGUUUUCAUUCUCAGCGAACUAAAGAAGCGAUUCAAGAAGGAAAUCGAAGUCGUCCAACGCUCGUACCCAAAAGCCGGCGACUUCAGACUCCCCAAGGACGGAAAAGCACUGCGACUGAAGUACAUGGAUGGUGUGGCACUCUUAAAGGAAGCUGGCGUAGAUGUCUCUGAGCAAGAGAAGUUUGAGAACGACCUCACUACCGCCAUGGAAAAGCAACUUGGCCGCAUUAUUCGAGAGAAGUACGAUACAGAUUUCUACGUCCUGGACAAAUUCCCCAUGGCUGUCAGGCCAUUCUACACAAAGGCCUGCCCCCAGGAUCCCACCUUCUCGAAUUCAUAUGAUUUCUUCAUGAGAGGAGAAGAGAUUAUGUCUGGCGCACAGCGAAUCAACGACGCAAAGGAGCUUGAAGCUGCCAUGGUCUCUAAGGGCCUCGACCCCAAUGACGAAGGAUUCGAAGACUACAUUGGCGCGUUUAGGCAGGGAUGUCCUCCUCAUGCUGGCGGAGGACUUGGCCUGAAUCGCAUUGUCAUGUUCUUCCUAGGUCUUCCUAAUAUUCGAUUAGCAACACUGUUCCCUCGCGAUCCACAACGACUGCGUCCAUGA